UGGGAUUGGUGGAGGGGUGUGUUACAGACAGAUGCCGAGUUCCGCGUCCGGGCUGUGGGACUGAGGCGGAGGAAGCGGCUCCCGGCUCCCGGAGUGAUGUUGCUGCGGGGACUGAGGCGGUGGCUAAAAGGGGGGAUAGUUCGCGGCUUUCCUCCGCUUGUAGAGACCCCCAGGCUGGCCUGGGCCGCCGUUGGAAUCCGUUUCUACUCAGCGGGGAUUGAGAUUCAUGAGCAAACACUGGUGGCUGUGAAACCUGAUGGAGUCCAAAGGCGGCUUGUUGGAGAAAUCAUCCAACGGUUUGAGAAGAGGGGAUUCCAGCUUAUGGGGCUAAAACUUGUGCAGCCCUCUCGAGAUGUGCUUUUGAAGCAUUAUCAUGAUCUGCAGGAGAAGCCUUUUUAUUCUGCAUUGAUUCAAUACAUGAGUUCGGGACCCAUCAUUCUUAUGGUUUGGGAAGGUUGUGAUGUAGUGCGUAUAUCCCGUAUGAUGGUGGGUGAUACUGAUCCUGCCUUGGCUCAACCAGGAACUGUGAGAGGAGACUUGUGUGUACACAUAAGCAGAUACAGAUUACAGAAUUAUGUGCAUGCUGAACAGAAGAAACAAUCCACAACCAGCAGAUUGGAUUGAAGCUCUGUGGUUCUGCCUCAUCCAAUGAUGAAAGGAAUGGACAACUAAAUAACAUUAUGAACAUCCACAUUUUCAAUAUGCUGCCAGAGUUUGAGUAUUUCCAGCAAUUUUUUUUAAAAAUAUUGAUGGUAUAAAGUGGAAAAUAGCCCAGCUAUAUUCUGUCUAUAGGUAGGGUUGCAUGCUGUUUGCUACUGGACUAGUAAUCCAGAACCCCAGCAAAUGUUCUGGGGACAUCGGAUCAAAUCUCACCUUGAGUCAAAAACAGAAGUUCAUAUCCCACCUUUUCAAAUGCGAUGUUUGAUUUUUUUAUUCCAGAUUUAAGAAACAAAACGAACAUCAGUAACAGUGAUCAUAAGCUUCUGAACUAUUAUAAAACUGCAUCUGCUUCAUUCAUGUUCUUGUAAAAGAAUGAAAUUUGCUGUCCUUAAACUGUGGUAUACAUGUGACUUGAGCAAUAUUUUUGAGAUAAAUAUCUGAGGAGGAAGUCUCUUUAAUUGUAUCCAAGGCAACAGCUCUCCUCUAACUUCUCCGAGGGCAAAAAAGAAUAAUGUCACAUACCAGCUUUACUGCCAAUACUCACUUCCUCUUUAAUAAAACUUGACAGAUGUUUUAUUUGUCUUUUAAAAGCGUCA